ACCAGGUCAGGUCUCCCAGACCCUAAUUCUAUUCUAUAUUUCUACUACGCAAAGUUAACGCUACUUCAACUUCGACACACACACUCGCUUUUCGCCGCUCUCUCUCUUUCUCUCUUUCUCUCCGCCGAAUUUUCAGAUCUAACCCUUCGUUUCUACAGCAGUUAAAAAUAUGUCAGAGGAGAUAGAAUACCGCUGCUUUAUUGGUGGCCUCUCAUGGUCAACAUCGGAUAGAGGUCUAAAAGAUGCAUUUGACAAGUUUGGAAAGCUUCUUGAAGCAAAGGUUGUUGUUGACAAGUUCUCUGGGCGUUCUCGUGGAUUUGGGUUUGUCACUUUUGAUGAUAAGAAAGCAAUGGAAGAAGCUAUUGAUGAAAUGAAUGGAAUGGAAUUAGAUGGGCGAACUAUUACUGUUGAUAAAGCUCAGCCUCACCAAGGUUCAGGUAGAGAUUAUGAUGGUGGUCGUGAUCGUGACCGAGGUCGUGAUCGUGACAGAGGUCGUGACUAUGGAGGUGGGCGUGGAUCUAAUGGUGGGGAGUGCUUUAAGUGUGGGAAGCCUGGCCAUUUUGCUAGGGAGUGUCCAAGUGAAGGCUCUAGAGGCGGUGGCAGGUAUGGUGGUAGGGAUGAUAGGUCUGGUGGUGGUGGUGGUGGUGGUGGCGGGAGCGGGCGUUAUGGUCCUGACCGAAAUGGAGAUCGGUCUAGUGGGCGUAGCAGGGAUUCUGGUAGUCGUGCAAGUUCUGGAGCAGAUCGAUACAGCCGUGACCGUGGAGGUCCUUAUGAACGCCGUGGUGGUGGAGGAGGUUUCCGCUCUGGAUAGAGUGACUGCUUCUGAUUCUGCUCUGGAACUGGCGGUGCCGCAGCUACUGUCUUCAAAGCGUUCCAAGUUUCCUUUUGCUGGAUACAUUCUUAUGAAAAUUGUCUUGGUGGAUCAAUCUAGUAUAUCAGUAGUUUGAAGUGCAAACAUUGGCACGAAUAUUCACCUGUUUUGUGUUCCAAAAAUGCUCAUUUCGAUGUUUUGGUUCGAUGGGAUAUUAUGCUUGCUUGACAUGCACUUUGGAAAUUGGUCUUGUAGUCUGUGAAUGCCAUUAUUGCUGCUGGA